AUGGCAACAGGCGUACUGUGCGACAGGAAAGUCCCUGUUCGACUGAAGUCGCGAAUGCUGGCCGACGACCAAAGCCUUGGAAAGAGUGUUGCACGCUAUAGAGAUGCGGAUGUUGAGGUGGACGAUAGGUGGAACGCUAAAAGACAAAGUAUCCAACGACACUGUACCAUCGUCGGUGUCGUCCCGAUAACUGAGAAGAUGAAGGAGGCCCGACUGAGAUGGUUCGGUCACGUCUUGUGGCGAGAAGAAAAUUCUGUUGCCAAAACCUGA